AUGACAGCUCCAAUAUUUUGAAAAAGAAUCAGAUCAUAUAAACAAGGUGUAUCAAUAAAAUUUAUAUUUUAUGUACAAUUAUUUAAUAAGAUCUGCUUAAUCUACAAACCAGUCAAAAGUUUUUAUACGAAUAAUCAGUACAAAAUCAUUGACUGCCCUCACACACAAAAAUAGUUGCAAUAUGGAACAUGAAUCAAUGUGCAGAAUAUGCGGGAAUUUAGAAGUGGAGAAAGUAUCGUUUCUAAAAUUCAGCGUUGUCGCUGAUAUCUACUACAAAUUGACCGCUUUACAGCCGGAUGACACGGAGUUCCCCGACACUGCCUGUCAACAAUGUUACAACACUCUGGUCCAGAUCGAUAAGUUUCGGUCAAUGUGUCUGGAGGUGUUCGAUCGAUUGAAAAAAACGAUUUCCUCGUCAUUUGGUCCCAAGUUGCUAAUUAAGGAGGAAGAAAAAGUGGAAGUCGAAUUUUUUGAAAUGGGUCUUAGUGUUGGAUCGAAUUUUGAGCCGGAUAUGUUGGGGAAAGGAGAAGAAUGCUGCAAUCAGGAAACUCUGGAAAAGGAUGAAAAUCAAUAUGAGAAUGAAGCUGAUGAGAAUCCUGGAAAAAGUGAGUCAUUGAACGCGAAGAACGGACGUGCUUCUAAUACGAAGAAAAGGAAGCGCAGAAAAAUUGAAUGCGAACAGUGCGACAAGUUCUUCUACGAACAAAAGCGAUACGAGGGACACAUGCGGAUUCAUGCGGGACUGAAAUCGGCGGUGUGUGAGAUUUGCCAGAAGACAUUCUCCAAGUGGCCCUAUCUGAAGGAACAUCAGCAGAUGGUUCAUGAACCCGCAAAAGAACGAUUGACUUGCGAAGUUCCCGGCUGUGGAAGGACGUUUGCUUUGAAACAUCAUCUCAAAUUGCAUCAAGUCAAAAAGCAUACGGUACCACUUCAGCCCAAAUCAAGACACAUGUGCGAACAGUGCGGAAAAACGUUCACCACCAUUGCUAAUCUGAAGAUCCACAAAUAUUCCCAUGGCGGGAAAUUACCAUUCUCCUGUAAUUUGUGUGGCAAACGAAUGGAAAGCAACUUUAAAUUGAAAAUUCACUUGAUGCGGCACAAAGGAAUCAAGCAACACACUUGCCCCGAGUGUGGUUUGAAAAAAACCACUAUCACAGAACUGAAAACGCAUAUGAACUAUCACACGAGAGAUAAACAAUACCCGUGCGAGACGUGUGGGGCGGUGUUCUAUAGCAUAGGAAAUAAACUUCGCCACGUGCGGAUCGUCCAUCAGGGAAUUAAGGCUUAUUCGUGCACCUACUGCGAUCUAUCGUUUGGAAAAGCCGAGACUCUUAAACAUCAUGUUAUGACCCAUACCGGAGAAAAACCACACGCCUGUGACCUGUGUGGCAAACGAUUUAUCCAACCCACGGCACUACAAACACACAAAAAGACACACCUAAAAAAAUUGAAUUAAGACAGAUGU